AUGGCCAAUUUCCUCGCCUCAAUCUUCGGCACGGAGCUCGACAAAGUCAACUGCUCCUUCUACUUCAAAAUCGGCGCCUGCCGCCACGGCGACCGCUGCUCCCGCAAACACGUCAAACCAUCCUACUCACAAACGAUCCUCAUGCCAAACCUCUACCAAAACCCGGCGUACGACCCCAAAAACCGCAUGAACCCUUCGCAGCUGCAGAACCACUUUGACGCCUUUUACGAAGAUAUCUGGUGUGAGCUAUGCAAGUACGGCGAGCUGGAGGAACUAGUUGUCUGCGAUAAUAACAAUGAUCAUCUCAUUGGCAAUGUAUACGCGCGGUUCAAGUACGAAGAAUCCGCGCAAAAGGCGUGCGACGAACUAAACUCGAGGUGGUACGCUGGCCGCCCCAUCUACUGCGAACUGAGUCCCGUUACCGACUUCCGCGAGGCGUGCUGUCGUUUGAAUUCGGGGGAGGGCUGUGUCCGCGGCGGGUUCUGCAACUUUAUUCAUCGGAAGAAUCCGAGCGAGGAGCUGGAUCGGGAUUUGACUCUCAGCACCAAGAAGUGGUUGAAGUUGAGGGGGAGGGAUGAGCGGAGCAUGAGCAGGUCGCCUACGCCCGAGGCGUCUAAGAGACGGUAG